AUGGAGGCGGUGCCGCUUGAAGAUUUCGUGCGUGCCCUGGACCCCGCUUCCCUCCCGCGCGUGCUGCGGGUCUGCUCUGGGGUUUACUUCGAGGGCUCCAUCUAUGAGAUCUCUGGGAGUGAGUGCUGCCUCUCCACAGGGGACCUGAUCAAGGUUACCCAGGUUCACCUCCAGAAGGUGAUCUGCGAGGAUCCCACGACGGGCCAGACCAUGGAGCUCGCCCCCAACUUCCAGGGCUACUUCUGCCGCCUCACCAGCCCUCAGAGCUAUAGAACCCUGGAGGAGCUGGUUUCUGCUGCAGCUCGCAGCUCCAAGAAGCUACCCAUUUGCUUCUCGUCGACCCACAGCAUCACUACAGAGGCCAAGGUGGUGCCUGAGGACCAGCCCCUCAUUCUUGAGGAUGUGGAAAUGCACCUCGGGAUCCGCUGUGCCCGCUGCAUACUGGACAUGGAGGACCAGCAGGUCAUCCUUUACCUGCCCCUGUCCCAGAAAGGGCCCUUCCGGAAAUGUGAGCCCAGUACCCCUCUAACACUGCUCCAGGCCCUGCAGGACCCAGCCCUGAGGGGCCUUGCUUUCACCUGCCCCACCCUACCCUGGUGCUCGCUGAUCCUGAGGCCCCAGUAUGAGAUCCAAGCCAUCAUGCACAUGCGCAGGACCAUUGUCAAGAUCCCCUCCACCCUGGAGGUCGAUGUAGAGGACGUCACCGCCUCCUCCCAGCACGUCUCCUUCAUCAAACCGCUACUGCUGAGUGAUGUCCUGGCCCGGGAAGGCCCCUUCCCCCUGCCUGUGGAGAUCCUGGAAGUUCCGGAGGGGCCCCCCAUCUUCCUCAGCCCGUGGGUGGGCUCCUUACGGAAAGGCCAGAGGCUGUGCAUCCAUGGCCUGGCCUCGGCACCCUGGCGGGUCCUGGCCUCGAGCAAAGGCCGGAAGAUGCCCAGACACUUCCUGGUCUCCAGGGCCUACCAGGGCAAGCUGCGGCGGCGGCCGAGGGAGUUCCCCACGGCCUAUGACCUCCUGGGUGCUCUCCAACCAGGCCGGCCCGUCCGGGUGGUGGUCACAAAGGACUGUGAGGGUGAGGUGGAGGAGCACCCUGAGUUUGCCUCCCUGGCUGUGGGCGACCGGUUGGAGGCAUUGGGGUUUGGCCAGGCCUAUGGGGCCCAAGGCAAAGACAUAGAUGUUUUGAUAUGUCAGCGGCUGAGGGAACAGGCUGAGGAGGACGAGGAGGACAGGUGUGAAGAGGAGGCAGAGGACCAAGAACAAAUUCUGCUGCCCCUCUAUUUCCCCGGCGGCUUCGUGGAGGAGAUGAACGAUGGCCGGCGCUACAGCCUGGCGGAUCUCACUGCCCAGUUCUCACUGCCCUGUGAGGUCAAGGUGGUGGCCAAGGACACCAGCUACCCCGCUGACCCUCUGGCCUCCUUCCCAGGCCUGCGGCUGGAGGAGAAGAUCACAGACCCCUUCUUGGUGGUGAGCCUGGAUUCUGAGCCUGGGAUGUGCUUCGAGAUCCCUCCCCAGUGGCUAGACCUGACUGUUGUGGAGGCUGAGGGGCAGCCAGGCUGCCCAGCUGGGUCUCCCCCUGUAGCCACAGUGGAGGAGCUGACAGAUGCCUUCUACUAUCGCCUUCGGAAGUUAUCAGCCUGUGAGAUCCAAGCUCCCCCACCAAGGCCCCCAAAAAGUCAGGGCCUCAGCGAGCAGAAGAGACAGAGCAAGGAGGGAGGUGUCCAGUCUUCUCAAGUCUUAGAACUGCCGCAUCUCCCUCAGCUGCCCAAAUCCAAGGCGGAGACCUUGCCAAACGUUAUCAAGGACAGCUUAAGUGUAUACAGCAAGAUUCCUGCCCACAAGAAGGACCUCAGGCCCACUAAGCCCAAAACAUGGUAUCGAGAUGAGGAUGAACAUGAUUAUGAAGAAAUACUUGAAAACUUUCGGAAAACCAUCUAAGUGCUGGAGGAACCACACUUCCUAACUGCUGCUUCUCAGGGAACCUGUGACACGAACC